AUGGCUUCUAAGGCGUUAUUGUUAAUUGUUAUGCUCACACUUCUACUGGUAAUUGGAAUAGAAGGGAGGAUAGUUCGGGUUAAUUCGAAGAUUACUAAAGAUGGUGGAAGCAACGAUCUUUUGCAACGUUUAGGAUACAAUGUUUCUGAACUAAAGCGUAUUGGAAAGCUUUCAUUGGAAAACGAAGUAGAUAGGUUUUCUCCAGGAGGGCCUGACCCUCAACAUCACUCUUAUCCUUUAUCUUCAAAGCCUUAA